CUUCUCCGCCUGUGGUAGUAAUGCUCUCGGGAGGAUAAGUGCGCAGAGGAGGCUGUGAACACGGAACCUGUGUUUUUCUCAACUGUUUCAUUUCUAAAGAGAGAAGAGGAGAAAAAACAAACAAAGGGCCACCCGUACACGCUAUCGAUAUCACCACCACCACGACAACGCGGUUAGGAUGGAACAGCUGAGCGAAAUGGAGUGCGGAGUGCUGAAGCGGCUGCUGAAGGAGGACGGAACGGCGAGGUGCUUGGUGCUGGACUGUCGCUCCUUCCUGGCGUUCAGCGCCUGCCACAUCCGGAGCGCGGUCAACGUCCGCUGCAAUACGAUCGUGCGCCGGAGAGCGAAGGGCUCCGUGUCUCUGGACCAGAUCCUGGCUGGGGAUGAAGAGGUGAAGAGCAGACUGAUCUCGGGCCUCUAUUCUGCCGUCAUCCUGUACGACGAGCGCACUCCGGAUGCGGCCACUCUCAAAGAGGACAGCACCAUCGGGCUGGUGUUUAACGCACUGGGCAGGGACACCUUUAACACAGAGGUCUAUCUUCUCAAAGGAGGCUACGAGCGAUUUUUCUCUCUCUAUCCAGACUACUGUUUAAAGAGCAAAUCUCUGCCCAUGCUUUCUGCUCAGAGCAGCACUGAAACGAGCUGUACCUCCUGCACAACUCCACAACACGACCAGGGUGGACCUGUGGAGAUCCUUCCCUUCCUGUUUCUCGGCAGUGCCUUUCACGCGUCCAAAAAAGACAUGUUGGAUGGCAUGGGCAUCUCUGCCCUGCUGAAUGUGUCUUCAAAUUGCCCCAACCACUUUGAAGGAGUUUACCAGUAUAAGUGCAUCCCAGUGGAGGACAAUCACAAGGAGGACAUCAGCUCCUGGUUCAUCGAAGCCAUCGACUUCAUAGACUCGGUGAAAGACUCCAAUGGUCGUGUCCUUGUUCACUGUCAAGCAGGGAUUUCACGCUCAGCCACAAUUUGCCUGGCAUACCUGAUGAAGAAGAAGCGCGUGUGCCUGGACGAGGCUUUCGAGUUCGUCAAGCAGCGACGCAGCAUCAUCUCGCCCAACUUCAGCUUCAUGGGCCAGUUGCUGCAGUUUGAGUCACAGGUGCUGGCCACGUCGUGUUCAGUGGAGGCAGCAAGCCCGUCAGCCACUCUGGGCCCCAAGUCUUCCCCAUCAACAAGCUCACCCUUUAUCUUCAGCUUCCCUGUGGGGCCGGUCGGGCCACACGGGCAGCCCAGUAGCCUGUCAUACUUGCAGAGCCCUAUCACCACCUCACCUAGCUGCUGAUAAAAUGCUUAGCCACCGAUGGCAAAACAUUUCAGACUCACUAAUGAAGGAUACUAGUGUGGACAUUCACUCUGAGGGGGGUUCAGGGAAUCUGCACCAAUUUUCACCCAAACAGCUAGAAGUUUGACUGGUUGGCUGGAAGGGGGGUCUCUAGUAAUCAAUUAUGAACUUGACAGAGACAAAAAUAUCAGAAGAAUGAACAUCACGGGUUCUUCCAAAGCCCUGCUGUGUGGUUUGGUAGGGUGGGUCGAAUGAAAGCCGUGGGGGUAGGGACAUCCUUCCUCACACUCUCACUUCCUGACAAAGAGCAGUAGGCCCUUCAGCUGUGGCAGGUACUGCGCACUGUGUCCAGUACUGCUGACUUUCUGUUCUCACCCUCCUUGUUUACUCAGUCUGAAAGAAAACAACUGAGCUUAUCCAGCACAGACUGAACCUGCUCAUGGUCAGGGGGUUUGUGCGGCAUGUCUCAUUAGUUUUUGUUGUAAUAUAUUGUUUUUGGUCAGUGCCUUGUACAGAGAAGGUACAGGACACAGAAGGGCCUGCCUGGGCAAUCGCAUACUGCACAUCCUCCUUCCCUGUGGGAUUGGAUCUUGGGAGGCAGACAGACAGGCAACUCUUGACUAAAAUGUUUCGACUUGCAAUAUGUCUCCGUCUCUCCACAGAAACAGAGCAAUAACAUCUCCCUGCCUCUUCCCAGUUGCCACCAAAGCACUGUUGUGUUUCAGAUGUCUAUCACAUGGUACAAUCUUGCUCUUGACGUCUUGUUUUCUGUCUCUAAUAAUUUGUACAGUAGCAGGCUGGGGCAUAAUUUCUGCAGUACGGGUCGCAGAUAAAAAGGUCGUUAAAUUCUCCGGAAUGGAAUGUUCUCUCUCUUUUUUUUUUUUUUUUUAUAAUUUUGGUACAGAUGUGUUUUGUGACGAUUUCCCUAGGUCACUUUGAUAGGUCUAACCACUGUAACCUUUAUUUCUUUUGUAAACGUGGUUCCAUUGGUGGCUACAACUCUUGCUGCUCUGUGUGACUGCAUUGGGUAAAGAGUAUUGGCUAGAGAUGCUUGCAGUCCUUACGUUAAGACACAGCUCAGUAAGAGUCUCCACCUUUGGAUUCUUGGAGCAGAAAUCAUCUCAACACUGAAUCGGGGGUUUAAUCGCUUCACUGACGAAUGCGGGCACCUUUGUUUUAAAAGAGCACUUUUAAGUGAUGCAAUAUGCUGAGGUUUUGUUUUGCACAUGACCGGAGUAGAUACAACAGCUGAAUACUGUGCGUUUGUUACGCCCGUUAGAGCUUUACUUUGUGUCCAUGUAAAUUCCAUGGUCUGUCACCACAUCACUGAUGAAUGCAAUACUUUUUACUGUAUCCGUCCACCGAGACGUUUAGAUUGCCAAUGGCAA